CUCAACAUCCGGUUGCUUCAAUAUUCGAUCUGCCAUGUAAGCAAGCUGUCGCUACGUGUCAGCUGGGAUUUUGUGUACAUCUUUUGUAAAGUUAUCAACGCACAAGAUGAACGUCCUUUCAGCGAAGAAAGUUGGAGGUAUCCUGCUUGUGGUGUGGUUGAGUAUUUUCUGCUAUAUCUGGUUCCCGGAUAUUAUUCCAGAUUUCCUCCAUCUUCGAACUAAAGGAUCCUUAGCCAAGAAACUUCAUGGAGGAGCUGGAUCUAUUGAGGACACAGCCAAGGACAAACUGUCCAGCAGCGUCAACAUCAACCCCUCCUCCCCCGACGUUGUCCAUGUGUGCAUCACUACGUCCAAGAACACUGUGGGUGGUGCCAUCGCCCUCAUCAACAGCAUCAUCUCCAACACCAAGAGCCCCGUCAUGUUCCACAUCGUCUCUGACUUGGACAGCAUGGACCAGAUCAGUAUCUGGAUUAAGGAGACCAAACUCAAGUCUAUAAACUAUGAGCUGAAGGGUUUUCCUGCGGAGAUGGUGGCAGGGAAGGUUAAAGUGAGAGGCGGCCGCCAAGAACUUGCAAGUCCAAUGAACUAUGCCAGAUACUACCUCCCGCAGCUCUUUCCUAAGCUGAGGUCCAGAAUCAUCUUCAUUGAUGAUGACUGCAUAGUACAAGGUGACAUCUCCGAGCUGUACAACAUGAAGAUACACCCCGAUCACCUGGCUGCCUUCUCCUCGGACUGUGUUGGAGUAGGCAAACAUCUCUCUCACAUGGAGAACAAUUAUGCCAACUAUAUCGACUUCAAACACAAGGCGGUUGUCAAAAUGGGUAUCAAGCCAACAGAGUGUGCCUUUAACACUGGUGUGUUUGUUUCUGACCUGUCCCAGUGGAGGAAGUUUAACAUCACCAAACAGCUGGAGGCGUGGCUGGAGCUUAAUGUCAAGGAGGAGGUUUAUGGUAAUGAGAAGGGUGGAGGAGGAUCGCAGCCUCCAAUGAUGUUGGUCUUCCACAAGCUGUACUCUAACAUCAACCCCAUGUGGAAUGUCCGACACCUUGGUCUGACUCCCGGGUCCAGCUACACCACCCACUUCCUACAGGGGGGCAAGCUGCUACAUUGGAGCGGCCGCUACAAGCCUUGGGGACGCAGUGCUCAACACUCAGAACUGUGGGAAAAAUACUAUAUACCUGACCCUACUGGUCACUUCCAACUCAUCAGGAGGGACUAACAGACACUACUGCCAUGAUGUCAGGACUUCAACGAUACUGUUACAGUGUAACCAGAAUUAGAUGGCAUUGAUGCUUACUUGGGGCUUGUCAUGAAGAAAGCUGUUCUCAGGUUGAGCUUACUGCCCAUCUUAGUUUGGUUAGACUGUAAUAAGGCUCUUGGUAAAAUUGAGGCUUUAAGGGGUAUUAUAAGUAACUUAUUUUUCAUCUAGAAUAUCUUGUAAGCAGUUUGUUGUUAAUGAGCAAUAUUGUAAAGUACUAGGUCAUGGUUUUUUUCUUGUAUAUAAUUUUACUACAAAAAUUGCUUGGAGUGUAUAUGUCACUUAGAAUUUGAAAAUAUGAUAAAAAAAUCAAAAUGGUCAAAGGUAAAUGAUGACUGUUUUUUAAUCAGUCAUGAGUAAGCACUCAAAACUAUGUUGUCAUGUCAUCAAUAUUCAGAUGUAUGUGAGACACGUGAGAGAAGUAUCUGUUGGGUAUGAUAUUUGUGUUUAAUGUUCGCUAUGAACUUGAUUUGAAUAUCAAUUUAGUUUUUUUGCAUUUGUAUUCUAAGUGUUCCUAGUUGUAGUGAUUAAUAUUGUGACAUGAAGUUUGAUGUUACCGUAUUCGACGUGAUAAGCGCCCAGGGCCCUCUCAAAUUAGAAUAGGGGGCUCUUAUUAGAAUAUUAUUUUGAGUUGAAAGAUAAAAUUUGUGGUUUAUGCUGACAGCCUGAAAUGUUUAUAUACGACAGAUAUAUUUUUCCAUAAUUUAAUUGCCCAUAAU